AUGUUUUAGAAAUUCAAAUUGCGAGUGUUUAGUUCUAAAUAUGAGUUCCACGUGCAGCUCUAAAAUGAAUAUACUGUGGUACAAACUUAUAAUGCUCUCCUUUUCUCAUUAUUUUGCCUUAAUAGGAAUAUAUUACGUGCUUAGUCUGAACGUAAAUUGGCAAACUUAUUUGUUUGCUUUUCUACUGGCACGUUGUGGAAAUUUAGGUGUGACCGCGGGUGCCCAUAGACUAUGGUGCCAUAAAGCCUACAAAGCGAAACUCCCCCUUAGAAUCAUUCUAUGUAUUUUCCAAACUGUAGCUUUCCAGCACUGCAUCUACGUGUGGUGCCAUGACCACCGGGUCCACCACAAAUUCACAGACACCAACGCCGACCCCCACAGCAUCAAAAGGGGUUUCUUCUUCGCCCAUAUGGGAUGGUUGUUGGUGCACAAACACCCAGACUUCACCAGAUUAGGCAAAACCGUGGACAUGAGCGACCUUGAGGCCGACCCAGUCGUACGAUUCCAAAAAAAGUACUACGCGAUUUUGGCACCGGUUUUUUCGUUGGUGGUACCGACUAUGAUACCAUGGUAUUUCUGGAAUCAGGAUUUGUACGUAUCGUUUUGCACAGCUGGCAUGUUGCGUCUUGUCAUUAGUUUUCAUUUUACUUGGACGGUUAACAGUGUGGCUCAUACUUGGGGUACUAGGCCAUACGACAGAUCUAUUCAAGCAUCGGAAAACCAAUUGGUAUCGUUCCUGACUUGGGGCGAAGGUUGGCAUAACUACCAUCACGUGUUCCCGUGGGACUAUAGAGCAGCAGAACUGGGUACGUUUGAUAACUGGUCUACGACUUUUAUUGACUCCAUGGCUAAAAUUGGAUGGGCGUAUGAUUUAAGAACACCCUCAUCUAAAAUAAUACAGGAAAGAAGAACCAAAACUGGUACUGAUUUCGAAUCGUCACAGUAAGCUACAUUUAUAUAAUAUUGAAUAUUGUAAAAGUUAGACCUUUUGGUCAGCUAUAGAGUUAAUAGCAGCAAUUAUGGAUAUUUAU